AUGUAUCCAAAAUCUGCCGUGAUCGUUGGCGGUUCCGUUGCAGGUCUCCUCCAAGGGUUACAGCUCAAACGCAAGGGCACCAAUGUGAUUGUGCUCGAGCAAGAUCCCAACAAGAACCGUCAUACCCACGAAUCAGGCGUCACAAUCGGUCCUAGUGUCGUUGGCCUGCUACGCAAAUAUGAUGCUACAGGCCUUCCACCGUCCAUAUUCACGGAGUACAUGAGCCUCGCGUGGCGGAAGCGGCUCCGGGUGCCACCGGGACCAAAGGAAGGAGACGGUGCGGUGGAGUAUCGGCAGGGCAAACGAGCUGUGGGCGUGAGCUACAACAGAGAGAAAGGUAUCGUUACCGUGAAGUACGUCGAUGUGAUAACCGGGGAAGAGGACAGCGUUAGCGCAGAGUCGGUUAUUGUCGCGGAUGGCGUGCACACGUCGAUCGCCAAAAUGCUGCAGAUACCGAUUCGCAAGGAUUAUGCGGGAUACAUCGCCUGGCGCGGGACAGUGCCGGAGUCGCGAUUGUCGAGAGAAACCAUUGAGUACUUCUCGAAUCGUCUGAACUUCACGCUGCUGAAAGGAACCUACUUCAUCAGUUACUUUAUCCCCACCGAGACAGGCCGCAUUGAACCCGGGAAACGCCUCCUGAACUGGGUCUGGUACUUCGUCGUCCCCGAAGGCUCGCCCGAACUGACCGAAAUCUUCACGGACGUCAAUGGCAAAUUCCACCCUUCCACCGUCCCUCAUGGACUCAUCAAGCCGAACAUAUGGGCCGCCCAGAUUGCCCGCUACAAGGACCAAAUGAUCGCUCCUCUGGCCGAAGCGGUUACCCAAACGCCUCUUCCCUUCGUCACGAAGGUGGCCGAGUCGGAGAUCCAGCAAGCCAGCCACUUUGACAAUCGUCUAGUGGUGGUUGGAGAUGCGUUCACGGCUCUGAGGUCUCAUAUGGGUAUGGCAUCUGAGCAGGCGGCGCGCCACUGCUGGCAGAUGGAUCGUGUUUGACGAGGAGAGAUUACGCAGGAGCAGCGAGAUAGAGAGGCGAGGAUGUAUGCGCAGAAGUUUCUGCUUAUCAAUAGGUUGAUUGGGCUGAUCGGGCUGGGACACUAUGUCAGUGUCGUCAAGACGCUGUGGGCGCUUCUACUUUUGUCUGUCCGUCACAAGUUUACGAG